AGCUGCAGGAGCAACUGCGCCAGGCCGAGGGCCGUGCACAGAGCCUGGGCCAGAUGGAGGCCGACCACGACCGCAUGAAGCGCGAGGUCAGCGCCCACUUCCACGAGGUGCUGAAGCUCAAGGACAGAGCUCGGUCUGUCCCUCCGCUACAGCAACGUGCUGCGGGAGAAGGAGCUGGCCGCCACGCGCUGCCGCAGCCUGCAGGAGGAGGAACCGGACCUAGUCACUAGCUCCACCUGACCAAGCAGGAGCUGCAACGCGAGAAGAUGUCCUCCUCCCAUGAGCGGGAACUGCGAGAACGGUCCCUGCCGAUGGCCUGCGGCCUGGAGCCCCGGGACAAGGAGCUGAGCCGCCUGAAGGAGGACAAUGAGAAACUCCAGUCGCUGAUGUUCAGACUGGCAGAGAAUGACAUCCUGGAGCAGAACCUGGACGAGGUGGAGAGCAAGCAGGAGCUGGUGGACCACAUCCACUCUCUGAGGGAGCGGGCCAUGGCCGCCGAGAGGCAGCGCAAGCAGUACUGGGAAGAGAAGGAGCAGACCCUGCUUCAGUUCCAGAGGACGAAGGUGGACUGCGACAUCUACAAGGACAAGGUGGACGCCCUGCAGAGCCAGCUGCACCAGCUACAGAAGGAGCGGGACCAGGCCUACUCCGAGGACGCUGUCCAGAUGGAGAUUUCUCAGAACCUGACGGAGAAGGACGCCCUCCGAGACCAGGUCUGUGAACUGCGCCAACAGCUCUGCAGGCCGCAGGCCGAGUCUGAGCAGGGGCCUAAGCAGGAAGCCGGCGCCAGGGAGCCUGGUCCGAAGGGGAAGCAAUGGCUCGUCCGCAUGUUUGCCAUCUGCCCGCGGGAUGACAGUGACCACAGCUGCCCCAGCUCCACGGAGUCUCAGCUCUGCUCUGACCUGAAUGCCACAUCCAACCGUGAGCUGGUGGACAGCUUCCGCUCCAGCAGCCCCCUGCCUCCCAGUCCGCAGUCCCUGUACAAGCGGGCCACGGAGGACUUCCGGGAAGACGCCUGGUCUUGCAGUGGCUUCCCAGAAAACCUGCCGGUGGACCGGGUACCCUCCCCGGGGGUGAAGGCAGGUGAUGCAGACCUGGAUUAUGAGAUUGUGGACAGGGCAGGGCACGCGUUGCUGGAGCAGAUAAGCGUCAUCGGUGGCAACCGUACGGGCAUCUUCAUUCACCGGGUCACCCCGGGCUCGGCGGCGGACGAGAUGGCCUUGCGCCCAGGGACCCAGAUCAUGAUGGUGGACUGCGAGGCCACAGAGCCCUUGUUCAAGGCCACCUUGGAGGACACGACCCUAGAGCAAGCCGUCGGACUCCUCCAGAGGGCCAAUGGCUUCUGCUGCCUGUCUGUGAAGGUCAACAUGGAGGGUUAUAAGAAGUUGGUCCAGGACCUGGAGGCCCAAGUGGCAACCUCAGGGGAUUCCUUCUACAUCCGGGUCAACCUGGCCAUGGAGGCACGGGCGGACGGGGAGCUGCAGGUGCGAUGCAGUGACGUCCUGCAUGUCAGCGACACCAUGUUCCUGGGCCGCGGCUGCUGGCAUGCCCACUGUGUGGGCCCCUACAGCACAAAGGGCGCAGAGCACGGCACCAUCCCCAACUACGCACGGGCUCAGCAGCUGCUCAUCGCCCUCAUCCAGGACAUGGCUCAGCAGAGCAGCGCUGCCCGCAAGUCUUCCGGGGGACCCCAGAAGCUGGUCCGCAUCGUCAGCGUGGACAGAACCAAGGCCAGCCCUCUGCGCUCAUCCUUCGAUGGGGCCCUGUGGGAGCCCAGCAAGCUGGAAGGGCCAGUGGACAGCCCGGCCCGGCGCCCGGCCCACUCACACCUCCCCUCCCCCACAAAGCCCUCCACCGCGUGCUUCUGGGCCGAGAGCUGCUUCACCCUGGUGCCCUACACCCUGGUGCACCCCCACAGGCCCAGCCAGCCCCGGCCUGUGAUCUUCGUGCCCAGGGUGGUCGGGAAGAUCCUGAGCGAGAAGCUGUGCCUCCUCCAAGGGUUUAAGAAAUGCCCAGCAGAGUACUUGAGCCAGGAGGAAUACGAGGCCUCAAGCCAGACAGGGGACAUCGUCCAAGAGAGGGAGGCAUCUGGUGGCCGCUAAUGGGUGACCCGCCGAACUGUCGAGUCCCUCAUGGAAAAGAACACCCAUGCCCUCCUGGACUGCAUCUGUGUCCUGCACAGGCUGGAGAUCUUCCCCAUCAUUGUCCACAUCCCCAUCAACAAGAGGGCAGCUAAGAAACUCAAGAAGGCCCUGCAGCGGCUCGGGACGUCAGAGGAGCAGCUCCUGGAGGCGAGCAGGCAGGAGGCGGCCGAGCUGGACAAGGUGCCCUGUCUGUAUGGCAGCCUGGGCCCCGACGGCUGGAGUGACCUGGAAGUGCUGCUCGGCUGUGUCCGCUUCGCCAUCAGAGAUGAGCAGAAGGAGGUCGUGUGGACCGAGCAGAGUCCCUGCUGA